AUGACGUCGAGAUGGCCGACGCGGACUCGGACACGGAGCAAAGCCCCAGCAGCUGAGGUCUCCGCCAGCGCCAGCGGCGGGCAGGCGGAGAAGGCCGGACCAGAGAGAAAGAAGAAGAGGAGGAAGAAGAGGAACAAAGGGAGGCAGGAUGGGACGCCCACCAACAUCGCAGACAUUAAUCGAUUUGUUCUUAACACUUGCAAGCGCUUGAAGGAGAAGAAGUCGUACCUUGUCUGGAAUGCUGUUGGUUGCCUUGGUGUCACUGCUGUCAGUGAUCUUGUUAGAGAGGUGGAGGCUAUUCAGAAGUGUGGUGGGCAAACUAUUGCUGAUGGAAGCCGUUUCCGCACAGGUGGUGGAAUUCUCUGGAACAUCUUAAAGUCGCGGGAACCCAAGGCUUACAAGGAAAUAAUGGCAAAGGGGAAGGAACUUGAGAAGCAGUUUAGGUAUACAAAACGGCCACAUAUUAGCAGAAACGAAGAUGCAAGUUCACAGGGCAGUGCACUAAUCGAUGAUGAAAUUGAAUCGCAAGAGCAAAAGGAAAUGUUGGAUGAUCCUGAGCAGUUGGAUGAUGUGGAGACACCUGCAUCAGACAAUAAAGCUCAACGCAAACCACUAGCUGACAGAAUUCGCGUUCCUGUUGGUUAUGACGAUUUGUUUGAAGAGGGAGAGAUACACGAAGGAGAACCACAAAGUUGA